AUGUCGUCAAUAAAAGAUCAGCAAAUCGUUUCGUCGACAGACUCGUCUCGUAAAAGGCAUCGCGACGAACGGCGACAAGACCCAGAAGUGGCCAAGCUGCGCCGCAACCUCGAUGCAAUCAGCUCCAAAGUGCACGACGCUAUCAGCUCGGCACCCGAGAUCGCCAAAGUCCUCGCCGAGACGAAAAGAAGUCCCUUCACUCGUCGUAUCGCCGCGAUACCUCUAAGGGAUCAAACGGCUCUCCGUCUUCAGUUCUACAACAAGGGUGACGAUCCUCGAGGCUGGCUAAGAAACUUCGAGAUCGUUAUGAAAAGGCAAAAAUAUGCCUCCCAUGAAGAACAAGACGCAAAUUACUGCCAAGUGUUCAUCGAGCAUAUGAACAAAGAUGCGACGAGCUGGUUUUCAAAUCUUCCCGCCGAGACCAUCGACAGCUUCGACGACCUCAGCACGGCAUUCAUGAAACAUUUUGGCAUGUUUAUGUCGAAAGGCAGCACCAAUCUUUUCACUAUGGCACAGGGAAAAGAUGAGCCUCUUCGCGAGACGCUUUGCACAGUCCCAAAAAUACGUCUGCGUCGAAGAAAGCAAGGCGCACCACUCAAAGAUUCAUGGAAUGACGAAGGAGUCAUCUUGGCACGCAUCAUCUCGUCAAGAUUCAUAAAAAGGAGGCCUCUAAGGAGUCUUUCACAACAGGACAGCGACGAGUCCAAAUGGUGCAAACUCCAUGGACGAGCCGAUCAUACUACAGAAGAAUGUAGGCACGUCAUGAGCUUGAUACAAGAGUAUAGCAAUACUCUGCAAAGCCAAAGUAAUGCUGAACGCCGCGAUGAAAAUCGACGAGCUGCAAACCAGCGCCGACGUAAAAAUCCGUCACGCCAAGAUGAAGGCGACGACGCCGAGAAGAACGCGCCUGCAUCACUCCCUCACCAAGAUGAUCUGCCUCCGCCGCCACCGGUUCCUGACGUAGAAGCUCCCGUCACGACCGCCGCGUUAACCGCCGCCAUGCAAGGCUUUACUGCUCAAAUUGCUUCUCAAUUCGCCCAGAUGCAAGCUCAGCAGCAAAAGUACAACGACACGAAACCGUCGCAUCCGUCUCGUCAAUGGCAGAAACAUCAUCUCCAGCAUGUCGUCACCUUCAAACUCAUCAGCAACUUAAGGUCAGCAUAA